GCGCGAUGCGAGUCGGGAAGGCGGCGGGCGGGUGCGGCCCUAGGCGGCGGAGGGCGCCAUGGUGGGUGGCGAGGCGGCCGCCGCGGUGGAGGAGCUAGUUUCGGGGGUGCGGCAGGCCGCCGACUUCGCGGAGCAGUUCCGCUCCUACUCGGAGAGCGAGAAGCAAUGGAAGGCUCGCAUGGAAUUCAUUCUGCGCCACUUGCCCGACUACCGCGACCCGCCCGAUGGCGGUGGCCGCCUGGACCAGCUGCUGUCCCUCUCCAUGGUGUGGGCCAACCACCUCUUCCUGGGUUGCAGUUACAACAAAGACCUUUUAGACAAAGUGAUGGAAAUGGCUGAUGGGAUUGAAGUGGAAGACCUACCACAGUUUACUACCAGGAGUGAAUUAAUGAAAAAGCAUCAAAGCUGAGGCAGAAGAUUCAUCACAUUUUCAACAUCAGCUACAGGCUUAGGAAGGAGGCUGGGAUGAGCGUGACAUGGACCACAGCAGCUCUCUUAAGAUUCCUGGUAUUUCCAACAUGUAGGAAAGAGGCAGUUGGCAUGACAGUCUCAUUCUUCCAGUAGCUAUCAUUGUAAAAGUGUGCAUGGAUAUUUAUGUAUUUAUAAAUCAUGCCCUUUUUUUUAUUUUCACUUUUUGAAUGUCAAACUUUUUGUUAAAGAUGCCUAUUUUUUUUUUUUUUUAUGUUGUUGUAAUAAUUGCCGGUAGUGAAUUUUACAAUUUGGACUUUUCAAUAAUGUAUUUUCAAGUCUGAUUCUGUUUUAUGGUUUUUUCCCCUCCCCGCACUGAGGCAAACCAACCCUUAUUUGUUUUUUUAAGAUUUUAUUUAUUUGAGAGAAAGAGAGCAUGAGAAGUGGGGAGGGGCAGUGGGAGAGGGACAAGCAGACUCCCCGCUGAGCGGGGAGCCCGACUCGGGGCUCGAUCCCAAGACCCUGAGAUCAUGACUCGAGCUGAAGGCAUACAUUUCACCGACUGAGCCACCUAGGCGCCAUUAUCUCCUUAUUUCUUUCUGAAGUUUAUGCCAUCUUUAUGGCCACUGCCACACACACUCAUCUUUUUUAAGAGAUGAGUGAGAAUCAAUUCAUAGGCCUCAGGUACCUACCAGCUCAUAGGAAGAGACGGCUUAUGAAAAGGCAUCUGGCCUUAUUUUAAAACGGACACCAGAUGCCACAGCUUGAUCCAGGCAGCCUAGUUGAUUUAUAGAUUUUCUAGAAGGUCUAGGCAGCUGAGUAAAGCCCACAUUCUCUUUUUCUGCAGGGAUCCUGAGGGUUUUGGUCUUCUAGACUUAAGGAAUUGCUUUGCCCAUAGCCCCUGAAGAAAUACUUGUUUAAUGCAAUGCUGUUUUGCUCUGAAAUUCUCAUAUUUUCCCCACUUAGUUAAUAUAUCUGUUCUUUAUCCCUCCCCUCUUCCACUCAUUCAUUCAUUUAAAAUUUUUUUUUAAAGAUUUUAUUUAUGUAUUUGACAGAGAGAGAGACAGUGAGAGAGGGAACACAAGCAGGGGGAGUGGGAGAGGGAGAAGCAGGCUUCCCGC